AUGGCUCAAUCAGCCUUCUCCGCACACCAAGUGGUACCAUUGACACUCUGCAACACUUCGCUCGCCUCAUUUCCUAUACAAGAGGCUCUUCGGAGCCCCAAGGACAAGCAAGGAGCUCCCACAUGGAUGACCAACACUGCGCCUAGUCAUCACAACAUUCCCCUAAGACGCGCCGCAGCUGUUGUCAAGUCUUUGACCGUCUCUGCCCGCAAUUCGAACCCGAUCAUUGGCCAGCUAUUCAAUAUGUCAAAGUCUCCGCCAUGGAGGCCGCUUCCGGUCACGGCCCCAGGUAUACCCAAUCUUUUGGUUGCCACCAACUUCACGGCCCAGUCAUACAAGGUACACCUGACCGACCUUGCCAACGUCUGGGUGGAGAACAUGGACAGAAGACCCAUUAUGGGAAGAGCAUCAGCUGAGGACACCAGUAUCGACCCAACAGACGGCAAUGAGAACUUGCAGAGGUUACUGGAUUGGAUUCGAGCUGCCUUCGACAUUGACGAUCCAGGGCAUCGCAACACGUCUCUGACUCUCGGCAAAGGCAAAGACGAUUCGAUAGAGGUUCAAAUUACCUGCAUUCUACCCGAGCCCUUUAAGCCUUUGAAGUGGCCACUGUACUUGAAAAAGUGCUCUGCCUCUGCGCUUGCGACGGAACUUGUGUUGCCACUGAUCCAAUUGCACGAAGCUCGAGCACAAGAGAUCAACCAUCUCAUCGCCACCAUUCGCGACAAGGACGCCGUUAUCAACAGACUUGUAGACAAGCUGGAGGCCAACGGUAUAGGGCUCGAGCACAUCUUCAACAAACUGCCAGGCAAGCGCAAAGUCGGCAGGAAGGAAGCAGAAGGCAAGAUCAAGGGCCUCGCGACCUUUGUCGAAGCAGACUUCAGAAACGAUGGAGUACAAGGAACCACUAGAUCAACGGACGUCCCUACGCUCCUUGACACCGUCUUCCGCGAAACCGGACUCAAGCACAACCCUGAAAUGGAGUUUGAAGCAUCAGCCAUACUAGACACCUGGUGGACUGAACUGGGCAGAGGGAGAAAGCUUGUCCUCGCCGAAAGAUCAAGGAGAGAAAUACAGACGCCACCACCGCCAGAAUCACCAGCGAAGGAAGAGCACGAUGAUGACUUCCAAGUGCAAGCCACGCCGCCUGGCUUCAAAUCAGCGAGCAAGAGACGUGGUACCGCCACUCGUCAGACAGUCAUUGACAAUGAUGAUACCACAUCGGACGGCGAGGACGAAGAUGUGCAGAUGACCCAGAACCCACCUCCUCUUCUUACGAAGGCCUCGCCGGAGAGCACGCCGGCUCACCGACUGGGCACCCUUGGCGGCCGGAAGCGACCGCCCAGCCGCUCACCGUCGUCAGCAAUACCCGAGGAAGACGAUGGUCUGACCUCAGAAACAGCUUCAGAAGCAGAGGAAGACGCGUCGUCCCCUCCUCCUUCCUCGUCCAAGCCUGCGCCUAGAAAAGGAGGACUUGGUCGUAUAGGGGGUAUGGGUGGUAGAGCAAAACACAAAGAUUCUGAGCAAGAGCCUCAACCUGAACACAGACGAUCGCCAUCUUCGCCCUCUGCUUCUCAGCCGAAGAGACACAAGCUGGGAAUGAUUGGAAAAGCGCCGUCUCCAGAAGACAGCAGGAUCAUUAGUCGGGGUAGAAGUAAGAGCCCUAGCGCGGCCCCCAAGCCACGGGAAACGUCAGAGGAGCGAGCAGAUCGGAAGCGAACCGAGCUGCAGAAGGAGCUGGAGAGGAAAGCCACGGGGCCGGCCAAGAAGAAACGUAGGUUCUGA